UAAUCUGAUAGAAGACUGCAGAGGUUUCGUCAUCAUAUCAGGAUAUUCAAAUGCAUGUUUUCAUCUUAACGAUAAAAGAUUGUGUGUAACUUUCACUUUAUUAAUAUAGAAGCACUUAAAAAGGGUGUUUGAUGAGGUGAUGAGGGGAAGACAGGAAAACUUUGGAAGCCCUUUGUUCGGCCCCGGUGUUUUUGUGUUGGUCCAGUGAGCUCAGCGUGCAUGUGGCUGCAGCACGUCCACGCAUUGUUCCCGAGGAUCCAGGAGAAAAAGUCCAUUGUUGCUGGGAACUUUUUAAUCUGGGGAUUUAAAGCACAUCACAUGCUCGGACUGGGCAGCGGGGCGCGCGACAGGCGAAACCACCGCAAACAGUGGCCGUUUGGGAAGGAGAGCACUCAUCCUGGAGGGACGCACGACUACUUUGACUAGUGCGCGUGCGGUGCCAGCGAAACUUGAUGGGAGUGUAGGAUCGCCCCGGGAGUUUGUUUUCGAAGCGGAUGCGAAGUUUUUCAGGCGCUGGGAAGAAGAUUCUGGACCAAGAUGACGCACAAGUACAGCCAGCGGUCCCUCAUCGUCCUGUCGCUGCUGGGGAUUUUAUCCGCCAUCAUGUCGGUUCUGUCGGUCAUUUUGAUUUUCCAGCUCCAGGCGCAGCAGGCGGCGGUGAAGGAGUCUCCCCCGUCCACCUCGGCGGUCAUCCCGGCCCCUGUUCGGGCCGUGCUGCUGCCGGUGGCCACGGUGCUGUCCGCCCUGUCCCUCAGCCUGAACCUCAGCUCCGUGUCGGUGUGUCUCCUGCACAGCUACUUCUCCACAGAGGUCUGCAGAGGAGAGCAGGACACCGACAGAGCAGACUGGUUCCUCUUGGAUAGCAGAGCUGUGCGACAUGUGGCUAUUGGUCUCUUCUGCCUGGGGGUCUCUGUCUACUUAGCAGCAAUGUCCAUUUUCAUGCUCCUGAUAUUUGAGGUGGAAACAGGCAUUGCCAGUGCUUGUGUCCUCUCUUCAGGGAUCCUUGUUCUGCUGGUCAUUGUAAUCCACUCUCUGGUCAAAGCUUCACGAAGUUCUAAACGCUACCAAGGCGACCACCUCGACACCCUCUACCAGAACGACCAUGGGAGCAGCAGCACGCCUGUGUCUCGUCCCUGUGAGCUCAAAAUUGGUGUGGACAAACCACGGAUGCACCGCACCCAGUCUCACCUCCAACAUCAGUUCUCCUACCCUCAAUUGGGCAACGCGAGACAGCAAGAACAAUACCAGCAGCAACAGCAGCAGUACUCCCCUGCUCAAGGCUCACAGGGACAUGCUAGCGACAAAGAUGGCUACAGCAGCAGUGGCAGCGGCCGCAUGCACAGGACCCUGUCGACUGAGUCUGGUUUGUUGCAGGCCCAGGUAAAACCCUGGAAUGGGGUCAACAACGAGAUGAGGAGUGUCCUUGCACGCAAGUCUGGGAUUUCUGCAAAAGACUCUACCCUUGUUUGACAGUAACCCUCAGAUUUAACAAUAUGAUUCAAGACACUGAUGACUUUCAUGUACAAGUUUUCAAAAGGGGAGUGUGAACACAAGGGUCAUCUCAAACAGACAAACUUUCAAUCUGUAUUAUCUCACACUCAUGUUUAUUCUGAUUGAUUACAGACAACAUGCGACUGAGAUUGAAAAAAAGUAAACUUCACUUUUAUCUACGGAUUUCUCAUUCUUGUAUUAUAAUUUGUUGAGAAAGUUAUUGAGCAUAUUGAAAAAAAAAAUGUAUAAUUUGAAGUAUUUUGUAUCUUUGAACUUGAUUUAAAUUCAUUGUGAUAAUGUAAAUACUUUACUUUGCUGUAUAUUGUAGCUUUUGCCAAAUAUCUGUCCACAAUGUGCAGAUGUGUUUUGUUUUUGUCUUAAAUCAAAUAUGUAAAAUAUAAUUCAAUUUCAAAGUAGAAUGAUUUUUGCAUUUAAAUAAGACAUUAAAACAAUGUUCACGAAAUCUGAAAA